UUAAAGGUCAAGGUCGCCUAUUUAUAAUUGACUAAACACGUAAGGCAACAACGAGGUUGAAGAUAGACUAGAGUGAUUAUUGUAGCAUUUAAUCGUAAGAACGUCUGAUCCGUAAGCUGAACAAACAUGUCCAAUGCCGUCAACUUCCGGUUGGAGUUUGUAAACGGCGAUAUAACCAAUCAAAAGGCAGACGCCAUUGUUAGUUCCACACUCAGCCACAAGCAGAUGUCAAAGUGCUUGCUGUCUGGCCAAGUGCUAAAGAAGGCUGGAACUGAAGUACAGAACGCUCUAAAUGCGAGACCAGGGGAGCUAACUUUCGGUCAAGUGAUCAACACAACACCAGGUAACCUCAGAGACCGUGUGCGCAGCAUCAUGUUCGUCUGUCUGAUGGCUUGGCAGGACGGCAACGAUGAGGGACUGUUCUCCAGUGUGCUUGAAUGCCUGAACAUAGCCUCUGAACAGAAUUACAAAAGCAUUGCAUUACCAGCACUAGGCAUGGGUGGGUUCAAGUACCCACAAUGGGCAGUCGCCGAGGCCACACUCAAAGCCAUCGUCUCGUACUUCGUUGCGUGUGAAGCUACGUCCCUGAAAACUGUAUACAUUGUUCUUCCCCUUUACGACAUAACUCAACAAGCGUCGAUACAGGUUUUCCUCCAAAUGGCAAAGAUGUUUUUGUCUGGAAUGAACUUCUUAAGCCCAGAGGAUUCAAAGAAAUUCAGGACUGAUAUAUCUGGCUUGACCGCCUUCGAAGGCAUAGAGAGACAAAGACUACAGACAGCUGGUAUAAACAUCAGGGCGCCCAAGAUUGAAGAAAAGGACACGGGAGACUCCACCGUCUCACUCUCUUUGUCUUCAGGCGAUACUGACUCUGCCUUAGAUUACAACGUGACAACCAGCGCUGAUUGGAAAAGUUUGUCCUUCACUGCUAAAGGUACCUUGACCGUGAAUGGGCUGAAAAUGAUGAAGGAUUUUUUUUGGAAGAAGUCGUAGUCUUCGGACUAACAUACCCACAUUGUAGUUUCCAGAAUAGUUCCCCUGAGACUGUUGUUUCCAGAAUAAUUCACCUCACAUUGUAGUGUAGACUAAUUCCCCUCACAUUUUAGUGUGUAGAAUAAUUCCCCUCACAUUGCAGUGUCUAGACUAAUUCCCCUCACAUUGCAGUGUCUAGACUAAUUCCCCUCACAUUGCAGUGUCUAGACUAAUUCCCCUCACAUUGCAGUGUCUAGACUAAUUCCCCUCACAUUGCAGUGUCUAGACUAAUUCCCCUCACAUUGCAGUGUCUAGACUAAUUCCCCUCACAUUGCAGUGUCUAGACUAAUUCCCCUCACAUUGCAGUGUCUAGACUAAUUCCCCUCACAUUGUAGUGUCUAGACUAAUUCCCCUCACAUUGUAGUGUCUAGACUAAUUCCCCUCACAUUGUAGUGUCUAGACUAAUUCCCCUCACAUUGCAGUGUCUAGACUAAUUCCCCUCACAUUGCAGUGUCUAGACUAAUUCCCCUCACAUUGUAGUGUCUCGACUAAUUCCCCUCACACUGUACUGUCUAGACUAAUUCCCCGCACAUUGUAGUGUCUAGACUAAUUCCCCUCACAUUGUAGUGUCUAGACUAAUUCCCCUCACAUUGUAGUGUAGACAAAUUCCCCUCACAUUGUAGUGUGUAGACAAAUUCCCCUCACACUGUACUGUCUAGACUGAUUCCCCUCACAUUGUAGUGUCUAGACUAAUUCCCCUCACAUUGUAGUGUCUAGACUAAUUCCCCUCACAUUGUAAUGUAGACAAAUUCCCCUCACAUUGUAGUGUCUAGACUAAUUCCCCUCACAUUGUAGUGUCUAGACUAACUCCCCUCACAUUGUAGUGUGUAGACAAAUUCCCCUCGCAUUGUAGUGUCUAGACUAAUUCCCAUCACAUUGUAGUGUCUAGACUAAUUCCCCUCACAUUGUAGUGUCUAGACUAAUUCCCCUCACAUUGUAGUGUCCAGACUAAUUCCCCUCACAUUGUAGUGUGUAGACUAAUUCCCCUCACAUUGUAGUGUGUAGACUAAUUCCCCUCACAUUGUAGUGUCUAGACAAAUUCCCCUCAUAUUGCAGUGUCUAGACGAAUUCCCCUCACAUUUUAGUGUCUAGACUAAUUCCCCUCACAUUGUAGUGUCUAGACUAAUUCCCCUCACAUUGUAGUGUCUAGACUAAUUCCCCUCACAUUGUAGUGUCUCGACUAAUUCCCCUCACAUUGUAGUGUAGACAAAUUCCCCUCACAUUGUAGUGUGUAGACAAAUUCCCCUCAAAUUGCAGUGUCUAGAUGAAUUCCCCUCACAUUGUAGUGUCUAGACUAAUUCCCCUCACAUUGUAGUGUCUAGACAAAUUCCCCUCACAUUGCAGUGUCUAGACUAAUUCCCCUCACAUUGUAGUGUCUAGACUAAUUCCCCUCACAUUGUAGUGUCUCGACUAAUUCCCCUCACACUGUACUGUCUAGACUAAUUCCUCUCACAUUGUAGUGUCUAGACUAAUUCCCCUCACAUUGUAGUGUAGACAAAUUCCCCUCACAUUGUAGUGUCUAGACUAAUUCCCCUCACAUUGUAUUGUCCAGACUAAUUCCCCUCACAUUGUAGUGUCUAGACUAAUUCCCCUCACAUUGUAUUGUCCAGACUAAUUCCCCUCACAUUGUAGUGUAGACAAAUUCCCCUCACAUUGUAGUGUCUAGACUAAUUCCCCUCACAUUGUAUUGUCCAGACUAAUUCCCCUCACAUUGUAGUGUCUAGACUAAUUCCCCUCACAUUGUAUUGUCCAGACUAAUUCCCCUCACAUUGUAGUGUAGACAAAUUCCCCUCACAUUGUAGUGUCUAGACUAAUUCCCCUCACAUUGUAGUGUCUAGACUAAU